AUGCCAUCCAUAACAACACCUAUAAACAUCACUAAGAUCGGAUGUUGGAACGUAAGAAGAAUGUUCCAGAUUGGAAAAACAGCGAACAUCGUAAGAGAGUUUAACAGAUAUAAGUUGGACAUAAUGGGACUGCUCGAAGUGAGGUGGCUUUGCCCAACAAACGAAGCAGACGAAGCGGAUAAAGGCACCUUCUACGAACAGCUUCAAAGAGAGACUGCAAAAGUGCCAAUACUGAUGGUAAUGGGUGAUGCAAAUGCAAAAGUGGAAAAGUCAAACGAAGGAUGGGAAAGAGCCAUGGGACAAGAGGGCAUUGGGAUUGUGAAUGAAAAUGGCAUGAGGUUAGCAGAAAUGUGCGCUCUUAACAACUUAAUCAUCGGUGGAACCCUCUUUAAGCACCUCGAUAUACACAAGCUUUCAUGGGAGUCACCGAAUGGAAGAGAUAGGAACCAGAUUGACCAUGUAAUGGUGAACGGCAGAUACAAGAAGUCUGUAUGUGAUGUAAGAGUUAUGCGUGGUGCAGAUGCCAAUUCAGGUCACCAUCUAGUAUUGGCUAAAGUAAAGAUGAAGCUCUGCAGAAACUUAAAGCCGAAGGAAAGCAACAGGAAGAUGUAUGAUGUCAACAAGCUGAAAGAUCCAAAAGUAAGCAAAGGAUUCCAACUUGAACUAAGGAAAAGGUUUCAACAACUGUUCGAUGACGAAAGCACAAUUACCAAUGAAAAAUUGAUUCUUGUAAAAGAAGCAUACAAUGAAACAGCAGAAAAGAUCCUGGGCCAGAAGAAAAGGAAGCACAAAUCCUUACCAACUGCAGAAACUUACAGAGCCAUACAUGAAAGGAGAAAACUAAAGGAAGAAAUAGGAAGAUCAAAUUCGGAGAGUAUAAAGGAAAUUAAGAGAGAAGAAUAUAAGACCAAAGACAAAGAAGUGAAAAGAAGAGCAAGAGCUGAUAAAAGGAAAAAUCUGGAAGAUGUAGUUAAUCAAGCAGAGAAUGCAGCAAACACAAAUGGUCUGAGUGAGGUUUACCAACUGACCAAGCAGCUUUGUGGGAGAAAAAGAAACAGGACAAGUGGCAUUAGGUUAAAAAAUGGUGAACUUAUCAUUGAGGAUGGAAAAAAAAUAUUGGAGAGAUGGAAAGAGCAUUUUGAAGAGGUCCUUAAGUAA